AAGACAUGGCUGUAAGUCCCAUCUCGGCCGUUUCGUUCAUCUUAAUCCUCUCCUUUGUGAUCAAUGUGAAAUCAUCAUCAUCAGCAUUUGACGUGUCUUUCAACUUCCCCCGUUUUACCCCAGAUGAUUUCAUAGGUUUCGCCAACGAUGGCACUAUAAAACACGGUGUCAUCAAACUCACAAAGAAGAACAAAACUGGAUUCCCUCUCCAACACAGUGUUGGCCAAGCAGCAUUCCUCCAACUUAUCCGCAUUUACGACAAACCCAACCGCAAAGUCGCAAACUUCACCACAGAGUUCACCUUUCUCGUCAACAGGAAUAGCGCAACAAACUACGGCGAUGGUCUCGCCUUCUUCCUCAUGCCACCGGAUUUCAAACUCCCAGAUAGAAAAGAUUCCAGUGGUGGAUUCCUAGGAAUCUUCACUCAUCAAAACGCCCUAAUAAAUAAUGACAAUAAUGGUCAUAAUAAGAUCGUGCUUGUUGAGUUUGACAGCUUCAACAACGAGUGGGACCCGAUUGAAGCGUACCAGAUAUCUCAUAUGGGAAUCGAUGUUGGGUCCAUUAAGUCGGUGGCUACUGCGCCAUGGUUAAUUGAAUUUGAGCCUGAUGGAACCAAGGUGACUGCACGCAUAAGCUAUGAUUCUAGGGCUAAGCGAUUGAGCGUGAACGUGUUUUUUCAUGAUAAGGUAGCGGAUUCGAGUUUGGUGCAUGAUAUUGACUUGACUAAGGUUUUGCCAGAAGAAGUUUUUGUUGGAUUCACUGCUGCCACUGGUGACUUGGUUGAGACACAUGACAUACUUUCUUGGUCCUUCCAUUCUAAAUUCUAGCUAGCUAGGGACAUAUAUAUGCAUGCAUGGAAAUUGAAAGACACAACAAUAUAUUGUUGAUUGCAUGCUUUAAUUUGCUUUCUCUCAUACACCAUCAUUCAAUAGCUAAGGCCUUGAUGGUUCUUAUCUUAUAUCAGUGUCAUGUAUAACAAAAUAAUCAUCAUAUCCUUUCUCAAGGAUAAGAAUAAAGUGAGUAGUGUGGUGCAUAUAAGCGACCUGCUGCACACAUCUG